AUGCUAUCCUCCGAGGUGCUCUCUUUGAUCGACCAGGUGAAUUCGGGUGCCAAAGCUUGUCAGGACGAGAAUCAGAACCGAGACGCACAAGCCGAAUUGCUCGCCACGUGUAGAAAGUUGACGGCAGAAUUAGAGUCGCCUUUCGAGGCUAUUAGACGAUUUUCUUUUCAGCCAUACGAAACCCUUGCCCUGAGAAUAGCUAUCCAGUUGAACCUUCUAGAUGCCAUCAAAGACGAAGACGUGACCGCGUUGGGUCUGGCCACUACAACUGGAGCAGAUCGCCUGCUCAUAGUUCGUAUCAUGAGGGUACUCUGCACAAUGGGGGUCUUCACAGAAAAAGGCGUAGAACUCUACGGAGCCGGAAGAAUCGCAUUAGCUCUCCGUGCCAGACCCUCUUUACGAGACAACGUAACCACUCUCUUCGAUUUCGGCCUCAACGCCGCCGCCAAACUCCCCUCCUUCCUGGAAAAAACUUCCUUCGCGAACCCGACGCGAGACGGCAGCGGACUCUGGCAGCACGCCUUCAACACCCCGCUCGAUUUCUGGGCCUGGCUCGAACAAGACCCGGAGCGCGCGCGCGCCUUCCACUCCAGCAUGGUCGAUCGGCGCCACGCCAGCGCCGACGCCGCCUGGUUCGAAAACUAUCCCGUCGUCGCAAAUCUCUGCUCGACCGUGCCGCCAGCCUCGGCUGAGGUCCUCCUCGUCGACGUCGGCGGCGGAUGGGGUCAAGACUUGCUGGCCUUCGCCUCCGCGCACCCUUCCGUCCCCGGCCGUCUGAUACUGCAAGACCGAGCCCACGCGCUGGCCGAAGCCGACCGGGAGAGCCUGGGACGGAGAAGGGUUGAGGCGAUUGCGCACGACUUCUUCGAUCCCCAACCCGUCAUUGGCGCUCGCGCAUACUACUUCCAUCACAUCUUCCACGACUGGCCGGACGCGGAAUGCCGGACCAUACUGCAGCACACGGUCGCCGCUAUGCACCCCGGUGGGCGGAGCAGGUUGCUCAUCGUUGAAGACGUCUUACCGGACGUGGGGGUGUCGAGUUAUUUGGGACUGCGGGAUAUGCACAUGAUGACGCUGUUUGGGAGCAUGGAACGCAAUCGGGGCCAGUGGACGGAACUGCUGGGUCAGGAGGGUUUGGAAGUCGUGAAGAUAUGGGAGCUCGGGCCGAAAUCUGAGAGUUUGAUCGAGGCCGUUUUGAGGCAAUGA